CACAAUUUGAUAGGCCCUCUUCCUCUCUCUCUCUCACGCACUCCACUGUACCCCUGUAGGUGUAAUGGAACAGCUAAACACUGAGCAGGAGGACGAGUUCGACCUCAGCCUCUCGCUCGCCCUCCGUACCUCGCCUGAGCCCGGUGGCUUCUUCCUCUGCGUCUACUGCGACCGCAAGUUCCGCAGCUCACAGGCGCUGGGCGGCCACCAGAACGCUCACAAGCACGAACGCAGCGUCGCCAAGCGCCGGCGGGAGAUCGCCGCCGCCACGCGCGCGCACGGGUCGGCGCACGAGGAGAGGCCACCCGGCGGCGGUGAAAAUUUCUUCUUGUCUGCGACUGGGAAGGCGAGGAGGGCCGAGGCGCGCAAGGCUGCUUCUGCUGCUCUGGUGCCUCAUGGCAUGGCGCGUAAGGGCGGCGGGAGCUCGUCGGAGUACGGCUACGGCGCCGUCGACCGCGAUGACGAGGUGGACCUUUCUCUGAGCCUCUGAGGCUAUGAUCGGCCUGCUAAUUCGUCGCAUCUCCAACUUUACUUGAAUAAUCAGCCGCUAGCUAGUUCAUUCGGCAUGCCAAAGCGAUCUACUUUUCGGUUCAAUGUCGAAUGGAUUGUUUGUUUCCAGCUCUUGUGUGCUGGAUUGAUCUGUUCUUCUUAGCUAGCUGAGUAUGUCUCAUGUUAUUAUGGCUUAGACAGAAAGACAUGGUGAUUUACAUUUACCUGAA